UAUAUCUGUAGUUAGUGUGUGUGUGUGUGUGUGUGUGUGUGUGUGUGUGUGUGUGUGUGUGUGUAUAUAUACUAUACAGUACGUGUUAAGUAUGUGUGAAUACCUAAUGCUUUUUGGCUUUGGUUUUGACUACACUCAGCCAUACAAGACAAAUUGUCUACAGUCUCGAAAAACCAUUUUUCAUUUUAUUCCGUAUUACUGCAGUUCUCAUUGAUUUUUGCCUUUCUCACUUUAAACACUACAUUGGAAUCCAAAUACCAGUGGUGUGAGAUAGUUACUAGACAGUAUUUAAGAUGAAGAUAUUUUAAGGAAUGUAGUGCCUUGAACAUUGAUUUACAUUUGUUUUCUCUUCUGUGAAACAAAGCAUGUGUGCAUCCAAGUUAUUUUAUUUGAUGGUAGCUUGAGUGCAGUCUCUUUUUUUUAAAAAUUUUUUUUAUGCAUUACAGACACUUUUGUUCUUUGGUUUACAUAUGAAUGCCCUUGUAGAACUGCACUAUUAACACUAUGCUCUUAUUUAAAAAGAAUAAAAUCAUGUUUUUAACCCUUGUUUACUUUCCACCCCUGUGACAGAUGGAAUGCCAUAGUGGUGAGAUGUACCGUUGCCUUGCAGGAACAAAUGGUUAAUGUGCGACUGAUGAGAGAAAGGAAAAAACAAAGUUACGCCAGCAGCCAAACCCACUCUUUCAGGUCAAAUGGUUCAGUCGGACACGGCCUCUUUUUGAUAGGACAACUGAUGCGUUGGACGGCACAAGAGUUUUCAGCGUUGCAGCCUCGUGCUCAGAGGAAAGGCGGUGUCCAGAGCCAUGUAUACUGUACGCGGUUCCUUCUACAGUAAAUGCCUCUGGUAGCGUUCUGAUCAGAAUGUAGCAAUUAAUAUGUCAAGGCUUGAGGCUCAAAAGUGCAAUUUAACCCCCUCCACAAAAGCUUUGAUCGUGGCCUUGCCACAAGCCUUAUCUCUUGAUGUGUGCAACAGGAGCAAGCUGAUGAAAAGUUGAACAAAGUUACAAAUCACCAAACCAACUGACGGAAGUUACCCGGCAAAGUAUGAACAUUGCAAACCUCCAAGCGAGCAAGUCACUACUGCUAAAUGUUCUUUCAACUCGGCUAUCCUAUUACUCGGCAUACACUGUAUGUGAAACGUGUUGUGCAAUCACCAGUUAAGUCUGAUGUUUUUAAAUGACUUGAUGUUUGAAGCUUUUUUUUUUUUUUUUUUUUGAUGCUGCUAUCGUCUGAGGUGAUUCCACUGUACAGUUGAGCAUUAUAUUCACAUAAAAUGGUACUUUAAUACAAAUUUAAAUUAACAAGUGAGGCGCUCACAAAGCAGUGUUAUUGCGUUGUUGAAGUUUUGAUGCGUUUAUUUCCCAGGUUGCUUCGGGUGACGGCCUUUGUUUUUUUCAUUUUAUUUUCAGUAAUGCAAAAUUCAAAUGUUACUUGAUGCGGGUGAUUUGCACAAUAUAUAGUCCCCCUUAAUUCUAAUCUAUGUUUAAGAGUUUCCUACACUGUAGAUGGUGGGUUUCACCACCUGUACUUUUAUUUUGUCACUGACUAGCAUGGCCAACAGUUCAUCUUCCACAAAGCAAAGAUAAACAAUACAGCUACAACGAUUAGAUGUUUCACAACUCCACAACACAUGUAAAAGGUUUCAGCAUCCCAAAUCUGCCAAGCUGUGAAUUCUACAGUUUUCUUGUAGUUUAUAUUUGUACAUUUUGUUUUCUGACUGAUGGUGGUGGGGGGAUUGUUUUGAUGUGUUAUUGUUCCAUCAAUUCGGUCUGAAUUGGACUUUUAUAGGAUAUUAUGCGGAGUCUUCUGCUUUGGUGAAAUACUUCCAGUAGUAAGAGAUUUCUGUUCUCUUGUCACUUAUAUCUGGUUUUGUUCCACCUCCUUCGCCGCCAACUCGUGGUCAGCAGAGAAAAGGAAUAAGUGUUGUUGGCAAAGUCAUUUGGAUGCAGUGAUCAGACGGAGGAGCUGAUAUGCACAGAAGAGGAAGAUGAGGAGGGGGAGAAGCAGUCCUGACACUUCCUACUCUGCUCAUUCUCACUUCUCUCUUGACAACAUUGCCUCCUGGUGAAAAUGCUCUGGUUGUCAAAAGGCUUGUAUUCAAACUGUGUGGGAUUGCUUCUGCCUGCUGUAUGUCCCACUGCAUUACCCCACCCUGCCCUGCUGCACUCUAAUCACAGACUGUAUGUUCAGAGAGAAAUAAAUAUUAUUUUGUGCUUGAUGGUGUGUUUCAAUGUGCUUUUUAUUGCCUUUUUUUCAUUAUUUCAGAGGCUAUAAUAUUAAAAUAUAUUAUAGUUAUUUAGCAUGGAGUUGAGUCAUACAUUGUAAACCAGAACUAGUUUCUUUUUUCUCUCAUCCAUAGAAGAUGUUAAAGUGUUUUUAAAGAUGUAUUUGAAGGUGCGACGCGCACUCAGGACACCUUUCACUCAGUCCUGCCGACAUCCUUGAAACAAAGCCGCAGAUUCGCCACAUUCAACUUGAAGUUACCCGUGGGAACGAAUUGGCCCGGUAGAAAUAAAAAUUCAGUAUACUCUCCGAACAGAAUAUUAUUUAUAUUACUAUAAAUUCUUUGUUAAAAUGUGUAUACGGGCUCUACUUCGAUACAAAAGCCGAGAAAUAGACCCUGCUUUUUUUUCUGUGGCGAAUGUGUCGACCCGCGUCCGCGGAGUAACGCUACAGCAACGGUUUGCCUCUUUUGUUCAACCGAGUUCUCUGAAUUAUUCCCCAACACAAUGAAAUGAUCGGAAUAUAUUAUGUUUUAAAUAAACACAUUUUCACUGUAACCCGCGCGAUCCCGUGAAUCUCCUCUGGGAUUAUCUAAUGAAUUUAAAAAAUCGAUCUGCAACCCUUUCUCCGGUCUGGUGUGAUGAGGUUUCCGAAGCACGCAGUCUCGAGGAACGUGGAGUAAUGUAAACUUGAACAGCAUCCGUCCCAGCAGUGGCUGUUGGCAGGAUGGGCCUGGACUUUGACGUAAAGACGUUCUGUCACAAUCUGCGGGCCACCAAGCCCCCUUACGAGUGCCCCGUGGAGACUUGCCGUAAGGUGUACAAGAGCUACAGUGGCAUUGAGUAUCACCUUUACCACUAUGACCACGAUAACCCAACACCUGCGCAGGCUUUGCCCCAGAAGAAGAGAAAGGGACGGCCUCCUCGCGCCUCCUUGGCUGGGUCAGGGGACACGGACGACGGUGGGGGGGGUAACGGAGGUGGAGGACCUGGGCACGGGGGGAACACACCGGGGAGCCCCAACCGGUCAGACCACUCUCACUCCCCGGGCAGAGAGACAAUGACCUAUGCCCAGGCCCAGCGCAUGGUGGAGCUGGAGUUUCAAGGACGCCUCCACCGUAUCAGCAUCUUUGAGAACAUUGACGUGGUGUCAGAGGAGGACAGCGAUGCGGAGGACACGCCUCCAUCUGGUACGGGUGGCGGCGGCGGAGGGGUUUGUAACGGGAGUGACGGCGGACCUGGUGGCAGCGAGCUGGGAGGUAGUGGCAAGGACCGGCCAGAUAUCCCAUCCUCUAACGGGGGCAAAUCCACGCCGAAGUCCGGGAAGCACAAAAGCAAAGAAAAGAAGAAGGAUGGCUCCUCUCAUCAUCACAGCGCUCAGUCCGGCCCAGCAGUCAAGCUCCCCGAGGCGGUGUUCAGAGAGCUGGACCAAGAGAGACCCGAUGCCCCCCCUCGACCAUCGUCUUACUACAGGUACAUUGACAAGUCUGUGGAGGAGCUGGAUGAGGAGGUAGAGUAUGACAUCGACGAGGAAGACUACAUCUGGCUCGACAUCAUGAACGACAAGCGGCGGCGUGACGGCGUGACACCCAUCCCUCAGGAGGUCUUUGAAUACCUCAUGGACCGCUUGGAGAAGGAGUCUUACUUUGAGAGCCACAACAAGGCCGACCCCAGCACCCUCAUCGAUGAAGAUGCCGUGUGCUGCAUCUGCAACGACGGAGAGUGUCAGAACAGCAACGUGAUCCUGUUCUGCGACAUGUGUAACCUGGCAGUGCACCAGGAGUGCUACGGCGUGCCCUACAUCCCAGAGGGCCAGUGGUUAUGCCGCCGCUGCCUGCAGUCGCCGAGUAGAGCCGUGGACUGCGCUCUCUGUCCCAACAAGGGAGGCGCUUUCAAACAGACGGACGAUGCACGCUGGGCCCACGUAGUGUGUGCCCUCUGGAUCCCGGAGGUCUGCUUUGCUAACACAGUCUUCCUGGAGCCAAUCGACAGUAUCGAGCACAUUCCUCCCGCCCGCUGGAAGCUCACCUGCUACAUCUGCAAGCAGCGUGGCUCGGGCGCCUGCAUCCAGUGUCACAAAGCCAACUGUUACACCGCCUUCCACGUCACCUGUGCCCAGCAGGCGGGCCUCUACAUGAAAAUGGAGCCCGUCCGAGAGACCGGGGCCAACGGCACCUCGUUCAGCGUCCGCAAGACGGCCUACUGCGACAUCCACACUCCGCCGGGGUCGGCCCGGCCUCUGGGGGGGGUGGGCGGGGCCAGCAUGGGCUCGUCGCACAGUGAUGGGGAGCUGGAGGAGGAUGACGACCCCAGCAUCUGCCAGGACGACGACUCCAAGGGCUGGAGCUCUGAGCGAGCCAAGAGGGCGAAGGCCAAGUCCAGGCUGAAGAUGAAAAGAGCGAGGAAGAUCUUAGCCGAGAGGAGAGCUGCUGCGCCGGUGGUGUCUGUGCCCUGCAUACCUCCCCAUAGGCUGAGCAAAAUCACCAGCAACUUGACGGUGCCCAGGAAGAGCCAGUUCAUGCAGCGACUCCACAGCUACUGGACCCUGAAGAGGCAGAGUCGUAACGGUGUACCGCUGCUCCGCCGGCUCCAGACCCACCUGCAGUCCCAACGGCACAUUGACCCCCUCCCGCCAGAACCGCCAGCGCAACUCUCACCGGUGGCUUGUGCAAUUACGGACGGCGAGGAGAAGCACUCGGCUCUAAAGGAGCAGCUGAAAGCGUGGCAGAGACUCAGACACGACCUGGAGAGAGCCAGGCUGCUGGUGGAGCUCAUCCGCAAGAGGGAGAAACUCAAGAGGGAGACGAUUAAAGUGCAGCAGAUGGCGCUGGAGAUGCAGCUCACUCCCUUCCUGGUGCUGUUGAGGAGUACGUUGGAACAGUUGCAGGAGAGAGACAUCAACAACUUCUUCACUGAGCCUGUACCGCUGGCAGAGGUGCCAGACUACCUGGACCACAUCGACACGCCAAUGGACUUCCAGACCAUGUGGAACCUGCUGGAGUCCCACCGCUACCUCACGUUUGAGGCCUUUGAGUCCGACUUUGGCCUCAUUGUCAACAACUGCCUCAAGUACAACGCCAAGGACACCGUCUUUUACCGCGCCGCCCUGCGGCUCAGGGAGAUGGGCGGAGCCGUCAUAAGGACCGCCCGGCGCCACGCUGAACGGAUAGGCUUCGACUACGAGGCCGGCAUACACCUCCCCCGAGAGCCGAGCCCAGAGAGCCAGCGGGACCACGACAGGGACCGAGAGAGGGAGCGGGAGAGGGAGAGGGAACGAGAACGGGAACGGGAGAGAGAGCGAGACCGAGACCGAGAGCGAGACCGAGACCGAGACCGAGACCGAGACAGAGACAGAGACAGAGACAGAGAACGAGACCGAGAAAGAGAAAGAGACAGAGACCGGCCGCUGUCCUCUAAUGAGGAAGACCUGAUCCUGCCAGAGAACAGGCGACGGCUGCCGCUGGAGGAGCAGCUGCAUUACCUGCAGGCGCGUCUCGACGAGGUCAGCUCGGGGAAGCACAGCAUCGGCCAGUCGCGCAGAGCCAAAGCUCUGAGGAAGGAGAUCAGCGUCAUCAAGAGGAAGCUCGCGCACCAGCGGGAGGGAGGCCCCGGUAUCGCGGGCCGGGAGUCCGCGGGAGGAGGGGACCGGGGUUCCUCCCUCCCCCACCACCCGUCCUCCUCGGGACACCACGAUGAAGGGGGAGAAAGCAGCAGCCAGGAGAUCGGUGGAAAAGAUAUGAGUGUGUCCUCGUCUGCCCUGGCUCCAGAGGUGGGCCGUCGGACAUCCGUCCUCUUCUCCAAGAAGAACCAAAAGAUGGCCGGACCCCCCAAAAGGCCCGGACGCCCCCCCAAGAACCGUGAUGCCGGCUACGCUGGGCCGGGGUUGGGCCAAAGCCCCAUCGGGCCCCCUCAGCUGCCCCUGCUGUCACCGAGCAGGCAGAGGAAGAGGCCCCGAAGCCCCCGCAGCAGCUCCAGCUCGGACAGCGACAGUGACAGCGACCUGCUGCCGGGUUUGCCAAGUAACGGUUUCGAUGGAGGAAACCAGCCGGUAACAGAGAGCUUCCGUGUGUACAGGAGCGAGUCUCGCCUCCCUCGCUCCAGCUCAGACUCCGAGUCCACGACCAGCAGCAGCAGCAGUGCAGCUUCGGACCGGACCAGUACGACCCCCUCGAAGCAGGGCAGAGGAAAGGCCUCGUUCUCCCGCUCCGCCUUCCAGGAGGACAGCAGCGAGGAGACGUCAGGCACCGAAAAUGAUUCCUACUCAGUCGGAGGAUCGCGGAGUGUUUCACAUUCUCUGGACCUGGUGUGGGCCAAGUGCAGAGGCUAUCCCUCCUAUCCUGCUCUGAUAAUUGACCCGAAGAUGCCCAGGGAAGGGGUGUUCCACCGCGGCGUGCCGAUACCCGUCCCACCUCUGGAUGUGCUGAAACUAGGGGAGCAGAUGACCCAGGAGGCCAGAGAGCACCUGUUCCUGGUCCUCUUCUUUGACAACAAGAGAACAUGGCAGUGGCUGCCGCGCUCUAAGCUGGUGCCGCUCGGGGUGGACCAGGAGCUGGACAAGGAGAAGAUGCUGGAGGGCAGGAAAUCCAACAUCCGCAAGUCCGUGCAGGUGGCCUACCACCGGGCCAUGCAGCACCGCAGCAAGGUGCAGGGAGACCCCAGCAGCGAGACCAGUGACAGUGACUGAAAAACACACACACACACGCAAGCAAAUCAUGUGUUUGGUGUUUUGAAGGUGUUGUGGAGAACACGUUUCUCCAUCGAGAGCACAUCCCUCCAUCACAGAUCACAAGAAACGGUGCCAGUAGCACAGAGUGGGAACAAAAACAAAGAGAUAUCCACUACAUCGGCCCUCGGACACACGCGCAUCAUGCACACUAAGCCGUAUUUAAUCUGACGUGUAAAAUAUUGUAUUUAAGAGAAUUGAAAUUGAAUAAUAAUAAUAAUAAUAAUGAUGGGAAAAAAAAUAUGCUAUGUUCAGGAUUGCCAAUCAAAAAUAUUCCUCGUAUGCAGCCGAUGACGGUUUACAGACGGUGUUGCUGCCUCUCCCCGUCGUUCUCACACAUUUUACAUGUGAACAGGGAAAUGCUGGUAGUGUGCGUUUUAAAUGCACUCGCUGUGGGCGUGGCUGCGAAACGCCGUCGCCUCAACACGUCUUCACGUCUCAUCAACCGCCUCUACGGAGAAAAGAGAAACCAGGCCUGGUGCUAGUGUCCAGUCGUCCGGCAAGUGGAGCACAACGAGAGACUGUUGGCAAGCCAACGAUAAUGUUAUUUAUUCUGCUUACUCCUUCUUAACAAGGCCACCAAGCUCCCUUUUAUCAUGGACUACUUCUAAUCACUCCUGCUGCACAAGACGUUGUGCGGUCCUCGUUGUCACUCUGUGUUCAUCAUGUCUCCUGUUUUUACGCGGGGGGUUGUUUUUUGUUAACGUACGUCUGUCACAUGGGCCGCCGGGUUCAACGAGUAACGAGGACUAAACAGAAACACGUGAUCGCCUCACGGCCUGUCUUAGACUCGGGCUAACGGCUUUAGAACUUUUAUAUAUACAGAUUGCAUAAAGAAUAGAAGUUUAAUAAAAAAAGAGUUGAGUUUUUUAAACUUUGUUGUGGUCACUUGUCUGCGGUCCAAGGGGGGUUGUGUUCGUUCCCCUUCAGUGUUCUUCCUGGUUGUGUGGAAUAUCCUUGUUUGCACGCUCAUAUGUUCUUACCCGCCCAUUUACUCUUUCCAAAGAAGUUGUGACUCAUGAGUGCCUCUCCAGAUUUAUUAUGCUGUAUCGCUCUGAUACUGAAGUUAACUUCCUCUUUUAUAUUAACUGUAGAGACGGUAUGUGUUGGAUGCAUCUCACUCAGCCCCCACAGGCUUUCUUCUUCAUACCCCAGAGAGUUAGAUCGUGGUAAAUGUAUCGUCCUCUCAUGGGUGCAUACCUUCUGUGUGAGGGUAAACGUGGAGUGCUUCGCAUUAGUUCUGCAGCUUUCUUGCUCUGUCCCUUAUGGUAUACAGAGCCCAGCCUACUGUACACACUUGCUCCGCCGGUCGGACAGCUUUUACAAAAACACAUAGAGGUGAGGUCGUGUGAGGUCGUGUGUUGGUUGCCUGUGGAUUAUACCGGAUUUAAAAUAAUCCCAGACCAUGUUCAAAUCUUAAAGAGUCAAACGAAACAAAGACAAAUGCACUUAAACAAGAGGUAGGGCCUUUGUCUCACUACGUUUUACUGGCAUUUUAAUUGCACGUCCCAUAAGCUGACUGAUACAUUAUCAGUUGCUACAUCAGCUCAUUUGUUGAGAUAACCAAUGAGAAUUUCCUCUCCCCAAACCAGAGGGGGUUUUUUUGGUCAAUCUUUCCACACACAAUGACGAUCCCCCAACUGGAAAACCCACUCACCACAACAUCUAUGUCUUCAGAUUUGCAACCAAAACGACUCCCCUCUGAGAAAAGACGCCUUGUUUCCUGUCCUGAAAACACUCCGCGUGACUGGAAACAACUGAUAAUCAUCAGUCAGUGGUUUCGACAGCGACGCUCUUAACAGGAGCCUCUGACCUUACCUUCUGGUAACCUGAUUUUGUUUUUCUACCAAAGCCCUGUUUUAGCUCUCCGUCCCAACAUCUGCUUUACAUCUGCUCUGUACACACACCAUAGUACGCAUACCUAUUGGCCAGGUAUGCGUGCACAUACCAGGAAUUAGACUGUUUCUAGCCGUGUGUGGUAAUGAGAUUCUAUCUAAUGGAUGAAAGAAACCACACACCAGAUAAUUUAGGUAAUACCACAGCGAAUUGAUCAGGCAGUGCAAUCUUUUCUGCACUCUGGCUUUUCUCAUGGUGGCUGACUAGGUGGAUUUGCAGCUGUGCCAUUGUUUUUAUGUUUCUUAAGUUUUAAGUCCAAGUGGUGUUUGCUGACUUGGAAAUGCUCUUGUAUCCGUCCACCGACGUUUGUUUUUCAGUCACAUUUUUCUCAGAGUUGCUUUGAGUGUUCCUUUGUCUUUAUGGUGGAGGUUUAAUCACAAUACUGACUCUCUGUCCAGAUGUACUUAUGCAUCUGAUUUAACUAAUUAUGUGGCUCCAACAACCUUUUGGCUGCAAAAAAAUUAAAAGUGCACCAGCACGCUGAAGGUUUUCUAGCAGGGCAUCCUAUAAAGCACCGCAUCACAUCUUCUCAAUUUUAAGGCCACCCAAGAGGGCACUUCAUCAUGUGUUCUCCAAUAAACGGCCCCCUAGGGCACUUUAUGUUUUCUCCAAUUACAGGCUCCUUAGAGGUUACUUCAUCUCGUUUUCUCUACUGUACGUGCACCCUAGAGCACUUGAUCAUGUUUUCUCUACUGUCAGGGGCCCUUAGAGAACUCUGUCAUGUUUUAGGGCACAAUA